AUGACAGCCGCACGACCAUACCAAGUCGAGUAUGCAAUGGAGGCUAUUGGCAAUGCAGGAAGUGCCAUAGGCUUACUGUCCAAAGACGGGGUUAUCUUGAUCGGCGAGAAGAAAGUGACCUCCAAGCUCCUCCAAACCUCUGCAUCCCCCGAGAAAAUGUACAAAAUCGACGAUCACGUGGCUUGUGCCGUGGCUGGGAUCAUGUCUGAUGCAAACAUACUCAUCAACACAGCCCGAGUCCAGGCCCAGCGCUACACGUUGGCCUACCAGGAGCCCAUGCCAGUCGAGCAGCUGGUCCAAUCCCCGUGUGACACCAAGCAAGGGUACACCCAGUUUGGUGGGCUUCGCCCGUUUGGCGUCUCGUUUCUAUUUGCAGGGUGGGCCAAAGACUACGGGUUCCAGCUGUACAUGAGCGACCCGAGUGGGAACUACAGCGGCUGGAAGGCUGCUGCUAUCGGGGCAAAUAAUCAAGCGGCUCAGUCAAUGCUGAAGCAGGACAAUAAGGAUGAGAUCACGAGAGAGGAAGCGAUUGAGCUUGCUCUGAAGGUGCUUAGCAAGACAAUGGAUAGCACGAGCCUCACGUCCGAGAAGUUUGAGCUUGCUGAGGUAUUUGUGUGUAAUGGGAAGGUGAAGUAUCAGGUGUGCUCCCCCGAGGCGCUUAGUAAGCUGCUGCGCAAGUCUGGGGUUAGACAGCCUGCAGUUACAUCUGGUUUACCCGCAAGGCUUUACUCCCUAGUCUCUGCUAUGUCCAAUGCUAUCUCGUACAUUUUAGGAUCCCUUGAGACCUGA